AUGGAAACCGCCUUGAGGUUGGAGGCCGCAGAGCUAUGGUGGGAGCAAGCCACGUCCCGGCUGGCUUCAUGGCUCCAAGCGAUACCCUUCACAGCUGUCAAGGUUGUAGUAGCCGCCAUGGCCAUCGUUUUCAGUCUCUGGGCCGUCCGCGAAGCUAGGAUCAGCGAGGAGGAGAGGACCAAGAAGUACACUGUCCCUCCACCAAAGACGCCUGCCGACUACUCCACGGUCGAAGAGACAAAUAUCAAGCUGCCCGGCUCCUCCGCGAUUCACUGCUACGCCCCCGCGACGGGACAGUUCCUCGGCCUCAUCAACCCCUCGACACCCGACUCGAUCGACCGCGCACUCGAUGCCGCCCACACUGCUCAGGCAAAGUGGCGCGCCACCUCGUUCCACGCACGGCGCAACGUCCUGCGAACCAUGCUCCAGCACAUCCUCGACAAUCAGGAGGCUAUCUGCCGCGCCGCGUGCCUCGACUCGGGCAAGACCAUGGUCGACGCCCAGAUGGGAGAGAUCCUCGUCACGGUCGAAAAGCUCAUGUGGACCCUGAAACACGGCGAAAAGGCAUUGCAGCCCAGCCGCCGGCCAACCAACUUCCUCAUGGCGUACAAGAAGAACGAAGUGCGAUAUGAGCCGCUCGGUGUCGUCGCUGCCCUUGUCAGCUGGAACUACCCCUUCCACAACCUCAUGGGUCCCAUCAUUUCGUCCAUCUUUGCCGGCAACGGCGUGCUCAUCAAGGUUUCGGAGCACACAGCCUGGAGCUCGCAGUACUUCACAUCCAUCGCGCGAGGUGCCCUCGUCGUCCACGGCCACGACCCCGGCCUGGUCCAGACCGUAGCGUGCUGGCCGCAGACGGCAUCGCAUAUUACGUCCCAUCCGCGCAUCGCUCACUUGACCUUCAUCGGCUCCAAGCCCGUCUGUCACAAGGUGGCCGCUUCAGCGGCCAGAUCGCUCACGCCCCUCGUGGCGGAGCUCGGCGGCAAGGACGCCGCCAUCAUUCUCGACUCAGCGGCGGGCGAUCUUGCGCGCAUCGUCGAGAUUCUGCUGCGCGGGACUUUCCAGGCCUCAGGGCAAAACUGUAUCGGCAUUGAGCGUAUCAUCGCAACUCCUCAGGUUUAUGACCAGCUGGUCGAGGCCCUCGAGCCCCGCGUGCGCUCUCUGAGGCUUGGCCCCACCGCAGACGUCGGCGCCAUGGUCUCCGAUGCCUCGUUCGACCGACUCGAGUCUCUUGUUGAAGCAGCAGUCAAGGACGGUGCCCGCCUCCUCGCCGGCGGCAAGCGUCACGCCCAUCCGGAUCAUCCCAAAGGGCAUUACUUCAUGCCCACUCUCCUCGCCGACGUGACUCCGUCCAUGGCCGUCGCUAACGAGGAGUGUUUCGGCCCCAUCAUGACCCUCAUGCGCGCCCCUGCCUCCACGGCGCCCUCCGUGCUCGCCGUCUCCAACGCUGCGCCCUUUGGCCUCGGCGCCUCUGUCUUCGGUUCCGAUGCCGACCCCGUCCUGCUCGCCGUCGUCGACGGCCUGCACACGGGCAUGGUCGCCGUCAACGACUUUGCCGUCUACUACGCCGUCCAGCUCCCCUUUGGCGGCGUCGGCGGGUCCGGCUACGGUCGCUUCGCCGGCGAGGAGGGCCUGCGCGGCCUCUGCAACGCCAAGAGCAUCUGUCGGGACCGCAUCGGCUCGCUCGGCGUCCGCACCUCCAUUCCCCCGCCUGUGCGCUACCCCGUGGCCGACCAGGAAAGGACCUGGCGGUUCACACGAGGCAUCGUCGACCUCGGCUACGGGCUGUCCCUGGGCCGCAAGGGGAGCGGUCUCUGGGGAAUGGCCCGGAACGCUUGA